UCUUCCCCCCUUCUCUGUGUCUCUCUCCCCAGAGACUCUAUUUUUGUCUCUGCUUCUCCGCUCUUUGGGGUCUGCUUCACGUUUCUUGGCCUCUGAAUGUCUCCCCCUUCCGAUGUCUCUGUGUCUCUGCCCUCGUUCAUCUCCCAGCUAGCCGGUCCGGUGGAGGGGCGGAUGUUUGAGGGGAGUGAUUCAGAUGGUGACAGGAAGCCAGCAGACUGCCUGCCAUCCUUCUGUGUUAGUGACAACAGAGAGAGCAGAGAGCCAUGGGCCUCCCGGAGUGAAGGCAGCUGGCAGGUUCCGAGGCAGAAGACUGCCAGAGACAUGGACCAUGCCGAGCUGCUUGGGGCCGGAGUCACCCUUCUGCUACUCGGGGCUGUGGUGGGCAUGUGCGUGUGGUGCCCUCGCUUAGGUACACGAAGGUCCAAGCAGAUCUUUUAUGAGCAGAGGGAUGAAGGACGACAAAGUUUUACAGUUGCCCGGGCCUUUUCUAUAGCAGGCAUGGUCCCAGAGAUGGCUGAGUAUUCCACCGUUCAAUGCCCUGGGUCAAGGAAGGACAAAUGGCUGUACUCCAUGGCUGGUGCAGAAGAUCCUGACACCCCCAGGUAUCAGAACCUCAGGAAAGGAAGUAGAAGAGAAUCUGAACCAGCCUAUGUAGAUCCCGUUGCGACAGAUUAUUACAACUUUGUGCAGUUCCAGAGGCAACUGAAAGACGAUGACGAUGAUACGAUUUCCUACGAGAAUAUUCUGAUCUGCACACCCGUGGACGAGGGCAAAGCUGUGGAAGAGUCUGCGGAUUAUCAGAACUCGGCAUCGAUCGAGCAGUGGAGACAAUCGAUAAGGGGGGAAAGAAGCCCAGAGGACGACUCCAGUGAGCCAGAUUAUGUGAAUGGAGAGGUGGGCCUCAUGCAGUAAGAAGGUAGCCAGGCUGAGGAGCAGAAGGAAGCCUGCCGACCCACCCACGGAAGACCUGCCCCACUGAUCCCAUCCAAGUCACCUCCCAGAGGAAGGAUCUUCCUCAAAACCUGACCCACAGGCCACUCCCCUUCCCAUCCUUCUUCCUGGAGUGACUCCAGUUGGUCAAAGUGAAACUCAACACUUGGCCCCUGAGAUUGGCAUAUGACAGCACUAAGACACUUGGCUUCUGGUGUGGAAAGAACCCAGGGCCCUACUGUCCAGGCAAUUUGACCUCGAUGGGUUGGGAAGGCUCCUUCAGGUGAAGGAAGGAGCAUGAAAUCUCCCCCAUCUAGGGCCAAGGACUGCUCUCUCAUUGUCCACAGUUCUGUCUUGCUUGCUACCUAUCAGAAAGAAGCUCUAUUCACAGCAUGUAUAGUUGAAGGAGUCAAAGGGCCUGGGUUCAAAUCCCACCCCUAUUGCUUACUUACCUGUGUGCCUUUGGGCAGGUGUCUUACACUCACUGGGCCUCAGUUUUCUCUUCUGUAAAAUGGGGGGUUGGACUGAACGGCCUCUAAGAUCCUUUUUAGCUCUGAAUAUGAUUCGAUGAUAAAUGUGAAGGCAGACACCAAGACCCUUCUUUGGCUCUUGGGGUCUGCAUCCCGAGGGCAGAGCUCUUGGAUGUUGUCAUUGAUGGAGCCGGCUCUGUAUUUUCAUAAAGCAUUACAUUCCCGUCAUAUCUAAUAUAUUAACUAUGAUCAGAGUACUGGCGACUCACUACCUACCCACGUGACUUCUGGCAAUCAGUGAACAUUUAUUGAGACCGACCCGAGUGCCAGGUGCUUCACCGGGCCUUGGGGCACCACAGUCACUCAGCAGGGCAGGUGGUCACAGACCGUCACCGAUCCUCCACCUGCGAGGUUCAGGGAGAAGGCUGGCACCUUCGGACUGCUGGUCAGCUGCACUUUCCACCACUCCCUCCAUGGCCCCUUUGGGCACUGGACAAAAUCCCUUGAGCCGACGUCAAGGAAUCCUCCAGACUGAGGACUGGACAUAGUCCCUGUCGCUUCUGGAGGAAUGGAGAAAUGGAACUUGAAAAGGCGUCCUUUGCCUCUCCCUUCGUUUGGCAGGAGGAAUCAGGGGGCACCCAGAGUGGGCCAGGCUGUGGUGGAGAAGCCCCUUCUUCCAGGCUGGGGUUGGAGUGGGGUGAAGCAUACCAAGCAGAAACGGUCAGCAGAACGUGUGGGUCACUGGACAAAUCACUAGAGCCUAAAGCUAGAGUUGACAGGGACCUUCUUAAAGGAGGCACACAGCCCGAUCCACUCACUUUACAGAAGGGGAAACUGUGGCCCAGUGGGAAGCGUCCGAAUGGGAAAAGCCACAACCAGGGACAAAAGAUGGCAUGUCUUUGGGUCCCCUCUCUCCCAACUAAACUCUCACAAUAAACGGUUUGGGUGCUAAGCCAUAA